AUGAGUAACAAUAGAUUAGCAUUUUUGGAUCAAGAACCACCACCAGGUUAUAUAGCUGGUGUAGGAAGAGGAGCAGUUGGAUUUAGUACUGGAGCUGAUUUUAAAAAUGAAUUACCACAAGUGUAUGAUGAUGAUGAAGAUGAGAAUUCAGCUAAUCAAGAAUUAAAUGAGAAUGGAUUAUUAACAACUCGAUCAAAAAGAGAUGAAGAAGAUGAAGAAGCUGAUAGAAUUUAUGAAGAAAUCGAACAAAAAUUAAAAAGAAGGAAAACCAACUCACAACCAAAGCAGAUAACUAAAUCUGGAUCACCGGAGAAUGAUAAUAAAGAAUUGACUGAAAAAACUCAAUUUCUGGAUUUAAAAAGGGAUUUAAAAUCAUUAACUGAAGAUGAUUGGUUAUCACUACCAGAGGCUGGAGAUAUGACAAGAAAAAAUAAGAGACAACGUAUAUUAGAUCAACAACUGCAAAGAUUGUAUGCUGUACCAGAUCAAAUAUUAGCUGGUAAUAAUGGAAGCUUCGGAUUCACAAGAACUUUGAAUACAUCAAAUAAUAAGAACAAUGCAUUAAGUGCUCAAUUGGAUAGUUUUUUACCUAGUUCAUUAAGAAAGCAAAACACUACUACAACAAGAGAAUUAGAAGAAGAAAUUUUAAAUUUUGAUGGUGCGGACAAAGAUGCCAAAUACAUAGAUUUGAAAAAAAGUAGGCUAAUAUUUGCAUCAUUGAGAAAAACAGAACCAUAUAAAUCAAGUUCAUGGAUUUCUUCAGCAAGAUUAGAAGAAGACGCCAAGAAUUUCAAUAAAGCUAGAGAGUAUAUUCAACAAGGUUGUAAAAUGAUACCUGGUGAUGAGGAUGUAUGGUUAGAAUAUAUCAGAUUAAAUAAAAAUGAUCCUGAAUUUGCAAAAGCUAUAACUAAAGAAGCACUCAAUUACUGUAAUAAAUCUACUAAAUUAUGGUUAAGAUCUGUUGAAUUGGAGCUAGAUAAUAAGUUGAAGAAAAAACAAUCAAUGAAAGCCUUACAACAAUUACCGAGAAAUAUAGUGUUAUGGAGAAAAAUCCUUGAGUUAGAAGAUGAUAAGGAAAUGAUUGUAAAGCUACUAUUGAAAGCUGUUGAUUUGUGUCCGAAUGAGUGGGAAUUAUGGUUGAAACUAAUAGAUUUAUCUGACUAUAAUGAUGCAAAGGCAUAUUUAAAUAAAGCGAGAAAGAUUUUACAAGGAGAUUUAAAAGUUUGGAUUGCAGCUUGUAAAUUAGAGGAACGUGAGGCUUCAUCAGACUCUUCAAAAAUAAAUGAGUUAGCCGAGAGAGCUGUCAAAGAAAAUGCUUCUGUAGAAGCUGAGAAAUGGUAUGAAGUCGCAAUUGAAUUGGAUAAGGAAGGGUAUAAUAAGACAAGUAGAGCAUUAUUGGAAUGUUAUUUAAAAUCUCAACAAUAUGAUUCAAUCACAUUGCUAGAAGAAGCUGAAAAAUACAAAGGUAAUUUGAACAUUUCUCAUUAUAUUAUGGAUUAUCUUAUCAGUAUUGAUCCUCACAAUCAAGAAGUUUGGGAUAGAUUGUUUAUCACAUUGAAAAAGUCAAAAAAUUACGAUUCAUUAAUUGAUUAUUAUGAAAAAGCUGUUGAUUUAAAUCCUGGAUUGAUUUCGUUACAUCUCAGCUUUGCAAAUGAUAAAUGGAGGUUAGGGAAAGACGUAGAAGGCGCAAGAUUUAUAUUAGAGUCUACUGAUAAUGAAUUGAAUGAUGAUUCAAUCAAGUUUGCCAUAAUUAACAUCAACAUGAAAACUGGCAAUUUAUCGAAAGCCAAAGAUUACAUCACAACAAUCAUACAAACGGAGCCAAAGAGACAUGCCAAAUAUUGGUCUAUGUACAUUCAUAUACUUAGAUGUUUAAACAUAGACUCUAAAGAAAUUCUAAAAGCUUCUGACAAGGCACUCGAAUUUUUCCCAAAUAAUUUGAAGCUAUGUUUACAAAAAGUUCUGAUUUUAAUUGAUGACAUAAAUGAUCUACGAUCAGCUAGAGAAUUUGCAUCAGAAAUUUCGGAUAAAAACAAAAAGUUUAUUGAAGUUUGGAUCAAAUAUAGUGAAAUAGAAGAAAAACUAGGAGUUUUAAUCAAAGCAAGAUCAAUACUAGAUAAAGCAUUACUAAUCAAUCCAGAGUCUCCAGAAUUAGCAAUUGCACAAAUUGAAUUGGAAAAAAGAGCUAAAAAUACAACAGCAGUCAAGAAUUUAACAAACAAAUAUAUCAAGAAAUUCUCAUCAAAUGCUUACAUAUGGUAUUUGUACUUAUCAUUGAUACCCAAAAUGUCACAUAAAAAACCAGAAUUCAUAAAUGCUUUAAGAUCCACGAAUAAUUCACUGGAAAUGUUGAUGUAUUUAGGUAUUUUCUUUUGGCAAGAUGGGAAAUUUUCAAAAUCUAAGACCUGGUUUGAUCGAAGUAUGGAGGAAGAUACGACUAAUGGUGAUGCCUGGGGCUGGAUGAAUAAUUUUUAUAAAUCGCAUGGUACUGAUGAUGAGAAAGAAAAAUUUUACAAUGAAUACGAAGAGAAAUAUCUUAAAUUUAGCAUCUAA